UGCUCCAACAACAUAAUCUGGCCAGUAAAAGGCACAAUUGCCUGAACGAGCUGACAAUGCAGAGCCGCAUAAUGACAGAAGACGAGAACAAAUUAGGAAAGAAGAGUGAAUGGUUCCGAAUCAACCUAACCGGGACAGUGAAGAAUUUCUCUCGAACUCUAAACCAGCUCACUUACAUCACCACGUUGGUGAUCAAGAAUAACAAUUUGGAACGACUUCCAUCCGAACUGGGUAACCUGGUCAAUUUGGUCAACUUGGAUGCCAGUUGCAACAAGCUGCAAUCCCUCCCGCCAACAAUCGGUGAUUUGACCGAACUCCGUGCACUCAUCCUGAACGAUAACAAGAUUGUCGAUCUUCCGCUGGAGAUCGGCCGGCUACUUAAUUUGCGACAUUUCAAUCUCAACGAUAAUCCGUUAAGUUCCCAAGUAAGCCAGCUCUACGGUGAUGGAUCCGACGCGAAUACUCGCAAUAUCGUCCGUUACUAUCUGGAUUAUUAUUACGCAUGCAGUAAGUCUCAUUCCAAAAUGUCACUCAAUAAGCCUCCGUUCCAGUCAAUGUUUACCAUUUUCCCCUGA